AUGCCAUCGUCAGCAAUACUUCCCUUCACAGAAGCAAAUACUCGCAGAGUCGCAUCUUUGUUCCGACAAGCAAUGCGUACUGCAUUUGAUCAUGCAUUGAAAUUCGAAGUUUACAGAAAUGCUACGCUAGAUAUAAGAGCACAGUUUGAAGCAAAUAGACACGUCUCCGAUCCUGAGCAAUUGGAAAGGUUGAUUCAAAAAACCGAGGCAAAAUUGGCUCAUUGGAAACAUCCAGAUCCAUAUAUUCCUCCUUCUAGACCUGGCGGAACAAAGUAUCAAAGAAAUAUCCCUAGUCCUAAAGAGCCUAUUGUUCCUGGUAACUGGUGA